CACAGGGAGAUAUAAAUACCAAAGAAGGCCUUGGGCUCUCUUCCAUCCGAUGCAGGAACUGUUGGACCAAAGCACUGAAAAAACCUACAGCUACAGAAACUGUGGGGAGUCACUCACUGCGCAAGAAGCAGGGCAGCCUUUUCUUCCUUCUUCCUUCUUACUGCUUAGCAAACAAGUGCCUCAUGGGAGAGGAACCUGAUUUCUUCAUAUCCAUUUCUACUUUGUGGUCUGGACCCCAUGGCAUGCCUCUUAAUGAAUCCCAGUCUCCUGUGACAGCAAAAGGUGACAACUGCAUCAUGGAGCUUCCUCGCUGUGGCGCAUCAUGGGAAAUGCUUUGUGUCCAUUUGAUCCCGUGCAUAAUAAUGAUCACUGCUAACAUUGUGUGGCACCCCCAAAAGGAUCUCAAGAUCCCGCUGUAAUCAGAAGGGAUGUUCAGAUACUUACGGAAACGCUUUACCACCCACAUGACAGAAUGCAGCAGACGGAGAACCAGGCUGGUAUCUAAAGAUGGAAGAUGUAACAUAGAGUUUGGGAAUGUGGAAGAACAGUCAAGGUUUGUCUUCUUGCUUGACAUAUGGACCACCAUCCUGGACCUCAGAUGGAGAUACAAAAUGUUCAUCUUCAUCUCAGCAUUCUUAGGCAGCUGGUUCCUGUUUGGUCUCCUUUGGUACGUUGUGGCGUAUAUACACAGAGAUCUUCCAGAAUUCAAUCCUUCUGUCAACCACACCCCAUGUGUCGACAACAUAAAUGGCCUGACCUCCGCUUUCCUUUUCUCCUUGGAGACCCAAGUAACCAUUGGAUAUGGCUUCAGGUGCGUCACAGAGCAGUGUGCUACUGCUAUUUUCCUGCUGAUUUUCCAAUGCAUCCUAGGUGUGAUCAUCAAUUCUUUCAUGUGUGGUGCUAUCUUGGCCAAGAUUUCCAGGUCCAAGAAACGGGCCAAGACUAUCACCUUCAGUAAGUAUGCUGUGAUCAGCAAACGGGGUGGAAAGCUGUGUCUCCUCAUCCGGGUGGCCAACCUCAGGAAGAGCUUGCUGAUUGGAAGCCACAUCUAUGGAAAGCUACUGAAGACCACCAUCACACCAGAAGGAGAGACUAUCGUCUUGGACCAGGUCAACGUAGACUUUGUGGUAGAUGCAGGCAAUGAGAACCUCUUCUUCAUCUCUCCCUUGACUAUUUACCAUGUCAUUGAUAAGACCAGCCCAUUCUUCCGCAUGACAGCAGAAACCCUCCUCCAGCAGGAGUUUGAACUGGUGGUGUUUUUGGAUGGCACUGUAGAAGCCACUAGUGCUACCUGUCAGGUCAGGACAUCUUACAUCCCAGAGGAGGUACUCUGGGGCUACCGCUUUGCUCCCAUUGUAUCCAAAACCAAGGAAGGGAAAUACCGAGUGGACUUCCAAAACUUCAGCAAAACUGUGGCUGUAGAGACUCCUCACUGCGCUUUUUGUCUGUACAAUGAGAAAGAAGCCAAAGCCAUAGCAAAGAAAGGUUAUGACAAUCCCGGCUUCAUCUUGUCAGAAGUCAAUGAAAUCACUGACACAAAAAUGUAACCUUGGAUGCUCAUGGGACGAGGGAAUUUUUACCAUAAUACAAACUCAGCACUAAAAAUAACCAAGUAGUACGGAAUAAAAAAUGAACAUGGCUGUUUUUAUAUUAAAAUAGCACCUAUUUUCUUAAAGGCAUUAAAUCAAAGCAGAUCAGCAUACCAGCAAUCUCAGGGGCACUAUUUAACUGAACUAUAUAUAUAGAUACAUAUUCAUAGAAGAUAUAUUUUUAUACCUGCAGGACUUCCAGUAAAGCUGCUGAGCUGGAAUAUUCAACUCUUGCUUCAGUGAGCAGAGUCACACAAGUCAAAAGGAUGUCUAAUCUGCCUAAAAAUGAAAAUAUACCAAGAACUUCAGAUGUGCUGAAGAGUAACAGCUGUUGGGAUGAAAGUGUGAAAAGGAGACGCAGAGGGUAACAUUUUCAAAAACACCCAUGAGACUUGCAAGCCAAAGUCCCACUGACUUCCAGUGGAACUUGCAUCCCGACAUGCAGAACUCUCUACUGAACUUGCGACUUUGCCUGAUAAGUUGCUUAGGCAAUUUUGAAAAUCCUUCACCAGCAUCUUUUUCUUUGUGUCUUAGACCCUUGUUAGAUUAGUGAAGUACUAAUGGGAGAUCUCUUUCUGGAUAGCUGGAGGCAAAGGCAAAGCCUGAGUUACGAUGGUGUAUUUAUAACAGGUUGGAAAACAGAAUCUCUCUCAUUGUAAACAUUUUUCAUGUUGAUGGAAAGGAAAUCAACCAAAAUACAGAUAAAAGUCAAAACUU